AUCUUUUGUGAUCGAGCUAUAGUCGGCGAGAACGCAUUUCCCAUACACAGUGGCCUUCGGGUCAAAAUUAAUUCGCUGGACCUCAGAGACAAGGGAGAGAUCUGGGGAGUCGCGUACCUCAGUUGAGCACUGCGCUGCGGCCUGGGCGAACUUUUCAAUCGGCCUCGUUCUUGGAGGCAUGCUGCCGGGUCACUCCGCUCGGGGAUUUCUCAACUUUGGCUUCUGCAACUAGGUAUGGCUCUUCGCUCUGCUACUUGCGAUCGCGACGCCGCGAUACCCAAUUGAUUAUAUAAUCAGACGAUUGCUGUCCAGCCGGUUGGUUGGUGCUGGGGAGACUGCAACGCAACACCAAAACAUUGUAACGAAAAACUUCCCAGAGAACCGAGCGCCGGGCAGGCUAUCUAUCCACGAAGGCAUUGUAGAAAAGAGAAAUUAUUUCAUGUUAGUGGAUUAUUAUCUUUGACCCUCGUCAGGGAAUGACGGUCUCCCUUCAUUAUCUCCGUCCUCCUCUAUCCUUUUCCCUCUCGCAAUGACUUCCUGUCGCAAUCUGCAGACAACGCGCCUCAUGUCGCGGAGAUUUCGAUGCCUCCACUUCCCGUAAACCACCAAAUUACACCAGCUGAGCAAGUGGCUCUCAGCGACCAAGAUGUCCAUCUCCUCUAUCAAAUUGUCACGCGAGCCGAGCGGCACCCCGGCGUGGACAGACAUACGUUUCGAGCCCUCUUCCGCGAAUACCAUGCGGUACUAUCGGAAAAUGGGAUUGAACCGGAGCUCGAUCAGAUAUGCCUCCGGUUCCUCUUCCUGCUGGGCAAACACUUGCGCGGCGAGAGCCUGUACACACGAUUCGAAUCGCUUCUACUUCACAUGGGGAUCCAAAUUUCUACUGAUCCGACGAUUCAUGGAAACGGACUAUCAUACAUCGAGCCUGAGAGCAAGAUGGAGGCCGAUUUUGAACCGUACGAACCACAGCAGCUGCCAAAUGGCACAAGUGUCCACAAGAGAAGGCAGAGGAGAGCCUCUUUCAAUUCGAUGUACGAUGCCCCGACGGAAACAACUCACCACAGCAUCCCUAGACCACCAUCUCGUUCAUCGGUGUCGAGGUUGAAUCUAGAAACUGGCGGGGUUGCUGCACAGCCACGCAGAAGAAGGGUAUCGCUAAGUGGAGCUGAAGACAUAAAUUCAUUUUAUCCAAAUUCCGAACUACCCAGGGUCAACGGAUCUCACAACGCGCAUCCUGAACAAUAUCUGCCAGGGGAUGCCGGACAUCGCUUUACUGAGUACGAACAACUUGCAUAUCAUCAGCAACGAGUGCCGGAUUAUGACGAGGAGUUUGCGGUUGAGUCCGAUAUCUCCGACCAUCAUAUCCCAAAAGCUCCACUACCUUCGGAGUUGUUUUAUCAUCCUUCGCUCACCAGUUUGCUUCAGGAUGCAUCUGUGUUCAAUUGGUACCGUGAAAGAAAAAUCGCGCGACAUCUGCUCAUACAAUGGCUAGAGCAAACAAGGCAAAGACAGCAGUUUGUUGAAGCAAUGCUUCAGGUUGCUGUAAAUCGAGAUCGGGGAACCCUCCUUCGUCAAGCCUUCGAUGAAUGGCGGUCGGGUUUAGAGCAGAAACGUCGAGAAGCUAACACAGAGCGCUUUUUUAAACACCUGGAAGCGCGUGCUGUGCGGGCCCGAGAUCUAUACUUAUUGACCAAAGCAUUUACUCAUUGGGCAAAGGUUACUUCCGAUGAGAUCGAGAAAACUAACGCUGCGCGUCGACAUAUCCUUGGUAUUAAAUACUUCAAUGCCUGGAAGGAAGUGACUGCGGUGAAUGAGCUUAAGAUUCAGCGCCUGACUGUGAAAAGGCCGUUUGUCUCCUGGAGCUCAAGGCUUGAGCAAAUCCAAAAGAACGAAGCUAUUGCCGAUCAAUUUUAUCAUGCAAGUUUGAUUAAGCGGACGUAUUGGCGCUGGUUUUGGUCGUUUUGUUACCGGCGGGCACCACAACGGGCCGAGCAGCGUUUAAAAAAGCGAUCACUAAUAUCUUGGCUUCGGGCGUUCAGAACCCAUAGAGAACGCGACAACGAGAUAGACUUCAAACGUAAGCACGAGCUGCUUCAUUCAGCUUUACAAAUAUGGUCAUUGAAGGCUCGUUCCGUUGCCGCAGCUCAGCAAAGUGCGGACAAUUGGCGUCUGGAUCGUCUCGUGAGAGACAGUUUCAUCGAAUGGCGUAUCCAGCACAACCUUGGAGCAGCCACCGCUCGGGUGACCAAGAUGAUAAAUACGAGAAUUGUGCGUUUUUCAUUUGAUAUAUGGACCUACAAAGCCUAUAUGGAGCGGCUCGCACGAGAUUCGGACCGCCAAAGAGUCAUGUACAAUGCUUGGACGAUCUGGAACGAUAAAUUGCGCUGUCGCGCCCUAUCCAUGCGUAUUGAUGCGCGUAUAAUGAUCCAAGCGCUUUAUAAAUGGGUUCUGAUGGAACGACUUCGGUUUAUGUCUCGGGUUAGGGAGCGGCGACUGAAAAGUACGAUGUUAACGAAAUUAAUGGAUAAUUCUAGUGUUUUGUAUACGGAACUUUUACGACGAGAAGGCGAAUUGCGCGAUCAUCGAAAGAGGGAUCUUUCCCAGACCAUAUUUCACCAUUGGCGGGAGAAACUUGCCCUACAAAGACAGCGAGAGCGUAUUGCUUUGGCUUUUUAUGCGCCUCGUGUGGAGCAUGAGGCCUUAAUCCACUGGAAUAGCCGUCGGGAUCAUCUUGUCAAAUUGGAAACUUGGGCCAAGAACGCCCGCUAUUUCUUUUUGACGACAACAUCCCUCAAGCGAUGGCGGGCAAUUGCACAGCAGGCGUCUAAGAAGAGGAAACAAGACGCCUACGCAGCAAUCAGACGAAGGGUGAAAAUUAAUUUGGUCUCAGAGGCGCUCGCUACUUGGCGAUCACGUCUUAGUGCUGCUGCGGAUUUGGACUCGCGAGCAACGGAGGUCUACCAACAAAAGCUCUCCAAGAAGGCAGCUGAUCAUUUCGAUCGAUGGCAUUCAGAGACAAUGAGCCGCCUAAAACAGAUAUCCGACGCAGAUGUGUUCUAUAAUCGCCAGCUGACAUACAACCACUUAAGUCACUGGGUUGGAUCUUGUCGAUCAUACCAGGCUCAAGAAGAAAAGGCCGCUCGAUUUUUGGAGAUACAUGUCUCGUCCGUAGCGCUUGCGCAUCUCAAAAAGCUUAGCCUGCGAGUAUUCCAGAUCAGGACAGAUUAUGAAAAGGCUGACGCAGCAAACGAUCGCAUUCUGCGAAAACACCUUCGGAAUAUGUUGUACCAUUGGAGUCAGAGAGCAAGGGGUCCGGGUACAAUCAGGCAAAAUGCCACACGACAUGUCACCACUCCCGCCCCCCAUUACGGCUCUCAAUUCUAUGAUGGAGCGGAUGAUUGGCACAACCCUGAGUCAACGCUUCGAAUAAGUGAUCUGGGUCCAGACGCUGAUCUCACAUCACACACACCGGCGACACCAGGGUACCUGGCUAGCCCAUCGAAACGAGCCGCGCGAGCACGGUCUUUGUAUGAGAUAUCAACUACGCCGGCGACACCUGCGAUAACUCCGUUCGCUGUCAGAUUGAUGGCAGCAAGGGAAGCUCCACGUUCGCUUCCUGGACGGAAGAUUCUCUACGCACGGAGCCCACUGGCAACGAGCGUGCGUUUUGCAAUCGAUGAAGAGUCAGAGCCAGAGUCUCCCACUGAAGGCAGAUCAACGAACAGCCGCAAACCGAGCUGAUCAUCAAAAAUGAUUUUCUUUCUUGUGAUUAUUACUUCUCCUGCUGUAUUCUUCGUUGAGCGUUUUAUUAUCCUGAUUUGGUAUUUUAGGUUGUUGGCGGAUUGGGUUCGAAUGACUGACCAUGGGGUUAUUUCUCUUUCAUUGGAUCCCUUUCUUGGGCUGGAUGAACUGAUGAGAUUUGUACGUCUGGUGUUUGGGAGUAGCAUAUUUAUUGCGAUAGUACUGGGAUUUAUCUCGAUAUCUGGUUGGAUCCCGAGACAGGCGUUAAUGAAAAAUCGAUGUAUUCAUAGAGAUUUAGGAGACGGAACAGCGAGAUACCGACGUGAAAGGUCACAAGGGCUCAAGCCAAGUGCCAAACCUUGCGUCAAUCAAUUAGGUA